CCAAAGCUGACAACUUCAGCCACAUCAACAAGAACACAGCGCUGGCAACAAGUCGUCGACUUCGAGCUUUCAAAAAGAUCUGCUUCCUAAGCUCAUCUUAAAACGGAUACAAACUUGCAAACAAUGUUAUAACGACCUUAUUCAUAUUUGUUUCGUAAAAGCGAGUGUAAACGAAGGAAUCGCUAGCUAACGUUAAUGCUAUGAAUGACAGAGAGUCGGCUGUGUUGUUUUGAAGAAGCUAGAAAUGCUAGCUAGCAGCUAGCUGGCGAGCUACAACGACGACUUUAGCCGGCGAUAGCUGCGUUUUACACAGCUCACAAGCAAACGUUGGCUUGUUGUCACUAGCUAGCUAGCACUAACUAGUGAUCGGACGUCGUAGAGUUGUUCGAUAACGUUUGACGACUAAUCGAGUAGGCAGUCGGCAGGCCGUGUAAGUCCAUUUUUGGAUGCGGAAGAUGGCCCUGUCACCGGUGGCGGUGCAAGUUCCCGGGAUGCAGAACAGCCGCACAGACCCGGAGGAGCUGUUCACCAAACUGGAGCGCAUCGGCAAGGGAUCGUUUGGCGAGGUCUUCAAAGGCAUCGAUAAUCACACCCAGAGCGUGGUGGCCAUCAAGACCAUCGACCUGGAGGAGGCCGAGGACGAGAUUGAGGACAUCCAGCAGGAGAUCACAGUGCUGAGCCAGUGUGACAGCCCCUAUGUCACCAAGUACUACGGCUCCUACCUUAAGGGCAGUAAGCUGUGGAUCAUCAUGGAGUAUCUGGGAGGAGGAUCAGCCCUGGACCUGCUGAGAGCAGGGCCGUUUGACGAGGGCCAGAUCGCCACCAUGCUGAAGGAGAUCCUGAAGGGGCUGGACUACCUGCACUCAGAGAGGAAGAUCCACCGAGACAUCAAAGCUGCCAACGUCCUCCUAUCAGAGCAGGGUGAGGUGAAGCUGGCAGACUUUGGCGUGGCGGGUCAGCUGACCGACACGCAGAUCAAGCGGGAAACGUUUGUGGGAACGCCGUUCUGGAUGGCGCCGGAGGUCAUCCAGCAGUCCGCCUACGACUCCAAGGCGGAUAUCUGGUCUCUGGGCAUCACCGCCAUAGAGCUGGCCAGGGGCGAGCCCCCCAACUCUGACAUGCAUCCCAUGCGCGUGCUGUUCCUCAUCCCCAAGAACACCCCUCCCACGCUGAGCGGGGAGUUCUCAAAGAGCUUCAAGGAGUUUGUGGACGCGUGCCUCAACAAGGACCCAUCCUUCAGACCCACAGCCAGAGAACUGCUGAAGCACAAGUUCAUCCUGAAGAACGCCAGGAAGACGUCCUACCUGACAGAGCUGAUCGACCGGCUGAAAAGAUGGAGGGCCGAGGGCCACGACGAGGGGGACUCCAGCUCCGACGACUCAGACUCGGAGUCCAGCAACAAGGAGAACAGCUCCUCCCAGCCCGGCUGGUCCUUCACCACAGUCAGGAAGAAGAAACCAGACAGCAAGAAGACGACCAAUGGGACGGACCAGGACCUGAUGAAGAGGUCUACCAGUCUGACCACAGUCAUUUCUCCCGUCUUCUCUGAAGUGAAGCAGCAGUGGGGGGGCGUGGAGGAGCUGGAGAGGAGUGUCCACCUGGCAGAGGACGUGUGUCCUGGCAUCACAGACACCAUGCUUACCCAUAUCCUGGAGCGCUUCCAGAGACUGCCUGCCAGUUAGGGCUUAGCAGAGGACUACACUUCCCAAGAUGCACCACCAUCAUCACCAGCCUCUCUUUUCCAUCACCACCCAUUCCUCCCCCCCUCAUCCUCCAUGCUGUCAUGUGACCUGCAGGGGCGGAGCGGGGAGGGAGAGGGGACGCACGCCCGCUGUGCACAUCCACUGAGCGCUCGCUACCAAAAGGAAAACAAACUCUUGUUGUUUUAAAUGUGUAUUUGUUGAAACGUGUUUUAUUCUGUUCUGCUGUUUUUAUUGAACCUCUUUGGAAGAUGUGGGAGACUUCAGCCGUGACCCAAAGCGUGUGUGUUACUUAGAGGAAGAGAGACUAGAGGAGAAAGUAGAGGAGAGACUAAUGGUUUUACCUUUUUUCCAUAUUUUAUGGUUAGAGACACAAAAAAAGAAUUUUCCAUAGAUAAAGAUCCCUAACCCUAAAUAGAGACGUACCUUGAAUCUUCUGCUUAAGAGCGUUUAGAUAAUGGAUGUAUGGUAGUGUUCGAUGGAUAUUAGUGGUAGUGUUUCUGCAGCUUGAGUUGUUUUGAUUUCUUUCUGCUACAUGUGUAGAUGUGACCUCCUGGUCUCAGGUUUGACCCCCUGACCCCACACUCUGACCCUUGGGGAGAGGAGACUGACCAAUAGGAACUAAUCUCUGGUGACCAUGAGAGAUGGAUGGGG